GUUCGAUAUAAACAGAGCUUAUCCCACUUGAUUUGUUCUUCUUCCUCCUCUUAGCUAUCUAAAUCCUCCCAUCUCUCACGGAGAGUAGUCGUAUCUUCAUAACUAUGGAGACUGAUCAAGUCUUGACUCCUCAUUAUCCACCAGGAUUUAGAUUUCACCCCUCUGAUGAAGAACUCAUGGUCCAUUACCUCAUGAAACGUCUGCGUUCCUGUCCCUUGCCUGCCCCUGUUGUAGCUGACAUCGAGCUCUACAACUAUAACCCAUGGGAUCUUCCUAAUAAGUCAUUAUUUGGAGAGGACGAAUGGUAUUUCUUUACGCCAAGGGACAGGAAGUAUCCCAACGGAGCUAGGCCUAAUAGGACCGCGGCUUCAGGAUUCUGGAAGGCUACAGGAACUGAUAAGCCAAUACUCAGUGCUUCUGGAUCAAGAAGAAUUGGAGUGAAGAAGGCUCUGGUUUUUUACACCGGGCGUCCUCCAAAGGGCGUCAAAACUGAUUGGAUCAUGACCGAGUACAGAUUGCCAGACACCACCACCCGACCAUCUAGGUCCAAGGGAUCUAUGAGGCUGGACGACUGGGUACUGUGUCGGAUACGUCAAAAAGGCAACAAUUCAAAGAAUAGCUGGACAGUGGAAGAUGAUUACAAUUCCAGUCCACCGAGCAGAUUUGUGCAUACGAAUUAUAUGCCAAAGAUAGAAGAGCUCCCUUCAGCAUACAUUGCAACCAACAACACUCCACUCGACAGUUACCCGUUUAAGGACUGUCAGAUUUUGAAGGCAUCCAUGCUUUCAUCUCAAGGCCUACCUGAUCCUGUCCAAACCAUGACCUACAAUGUUAACAAUUCCAAGUUCAUCACCACUUCGUUCUUUGAUGAUUUCCUCAAGCCUAAGUUCGUGAAUGAAAUUGGUAGUCUCAGUGGCUCGAACAAGACUGUGACAGAUGUGAUGAGCGAAAAUGAUAUGGGAAACAUGAUGAGCACAAACACGAUCAGCUUUUACAAUCAGAAUCAGGCUCAAGGAAACUAUUUUUACAACCCUACUCCAUCCGAUGCUAUCAUGAGUUUACUCCUUUCUCAUGAAGGCUACUGAUCAAGAAGCAAGAAGCCCUUUUGUCUAAGCUUAUAAGCGAGGCUGAGUCUGUCAAAGUACUUAUAUCAUAAUGUAUAGUACUUUUUCUGACUUAUAAGUUAUAAACUCAGACAAAAGGGAACUCGCAACCUGAGGAGGCCAGGAAAUAUAUCCAAGCUUGAAGUGUGAUAAAUAAAAUUUUAAUAAAUAAGACGUCGCAAAAUCUUGUGUCACCCGGGGAUGUAGCCGGUUUCUGCAUCUUUACAUGUUUGCUUCAUCGUGCUUAAAAUUUGACUGUCUGUCUGUUUUUACAUUCUGUGUCCACUCAUGUGUGCUUUUUCAUGUAAUGUUUGCUGUUUGGAUUUCUUGUUAUGUAAAAUAAUAAAAUAGCUCUGCAUUCUGUUUCAAGAA